GCAGCAGCAGCAGCAGCAGCAGCAGUAGUGGCCGCCGCAGCCGCAGCAGCAGAAAAAGAAGAAAAAGAAGAAGGGUUUGUUGUUUCUGUUGCAGACAUCUGCAGACUGGUGCUUUUUUGGAAGAGUUGUGUGUGUGUGUGUGUGUUUUUUUUUUUCCUUUUCUUUUCUUUUCUUUUUUUUUUUUUUUUUAAACGAACCGCAAACGGAUGUGAGGCGAGGAAGGUGUUUCUUUAAGCCCAGACACCUCUUUCUGUUCCUUCAAAUCUUGUUUUGCUGGACAUUUUUUUUUAUUAUUCAAAAGAAAGGGAAGGAAAGGAAGGAAAAGAAAGGAAAGGAGUUACUUGAUGUUUGAGUGAAAUGGACGUAAGAUUUUAUCCACCACCACCACAGCCUGCUGCCGCUCCCGAUACUCCUUGUCUGGGACCCUCUCCCUGUCUGGACCCCUACUAUUGCAACAAGUUUGACGGUGAGAACAUGUAUAUGAGUAUGACAGAGCCGAGCCAGGACUAUGUGCCAGCAAGCCAGUCUUACCCUGGUCCAAGUCUUGAAAAUGAAGACUUUAACAUUCCUCCUAUUACACCCCCUUCACUACCUGAUCAUUCGCUGGUGCAUCUGAAUGAAGUAGAGUCUGGUUAUCACCCUCUUUGUCACCCAAUGAACCAUAAUGGGCUGCUUCCAUUCCAUCCGCAAAAUAUGAACCUACCUGAAAUUACUGUAUCCAACAUGCUGGGCCAAGAUGGAACACUGCUUUCAAACUCAAUUUCUGUGAUGCAAGAUAUACAGAGUACAGAAGGAGCUCAAUAUAGUUCCCACCCUCAGAUGGCAGCCAUGAGACCAAGGGUUCAGCCUGCAGAUAUUAGGCAGCCAGGAAUGAUGCAGCAUGGUCAGCUGACUACCAUUAACCAAUCACAGCUCAGUGCACAGCUUGGUUUGAAUAUGGCGGGAAACAAUGUUCCCCAUAACUCACCAUCUCCACCUGGAAGCAAGUCGGCAACUCCUUCGCCAUCCAGUUCAGUCCAUGAAGAUGAAGGGGAUGAUACCACUAAGAUAAAUGGUGGAGAGAAAAGGCCUGCUUCUGAUAUGGGAAAGAAACCAAAAACUCCCAAAAAGAAGAAGAAGAAGGACCCAAAUGAGCCUCAGAAACCUGUGUCUGCCUAUGCAUUAUUCUUCCGAGAUACCCAGGCAGCCAUCAAAGGCCAAAAUCCAAAUGCUACUUUUGGUGAAGUCUCUAAAAUUGUGGCCUCAAUGUGGGAUGGUUUAGGAGAGGAGCAAAAACAGGUCUACAAAAAGAAAACUGAAGCAGCAAAGAAAGAAUACCUGAAGCAGUUAGCUGCAUACAGAGCAAGCCUCGUAUCCAAGAGUUACAGUGAACCUGUUGAUGUUAAAACAUCCCAGCCUCCUCAGCUAAUUAAUUCUAAACAGUCAGUGUUCCAUGGGCCCACCCAAACUCAUUCAGCUCUCUACCUAAGUUCCCACUAUCAUCAGCAGCCGGGAAUGAAUCCUCACGUAACUGCCAUGCACCCUAGUCUCCCCAGGAACAUAGCACCGAAACCUAAUAACCAAAUGCCAGUGACUGUGUCUAUAGCCAACAUGGCAGUGUCUCCUCCUCCUCCCCUUCAGAUCAGCCCACCUCUUCACCAGCAUCUCAAUAUACAGCAACACCAGCCAAUCACAAUGCAGCAGUCAAUUGGAAACCAACUACCAAUGCAGGUCCAGUCUGCCUUACAUUCACCCACAAUGCAACAAGGGUUUGCUCUUCAACCUGACUAUCAGACUAUUAUCAAUCCCACAUCUACUGCUGCACAGGUUGUAACCCAAGCAAUGGAGUAUGUACGUUCAGGCUGCAGAAAUCCUCCGGCACAGACCGUGGACUGGAAUAAUGACUACUGCAGUAAUGGGAGCAUGCAGAGGGACAAAGCGCUGUACCUUACCUGAAAAUCGGAUCACCUCUUCUUUCCAAGAAGGAAUGCAGGGAAGUCUUUUCACCAUGGAUUGCUUUGUGCAGUCAAGGCAGUUCUGCAAUUUAUUAGAAAAUACAAGUUGCUAAGCACUUAGGACUAUUUGAGCUUGUGAGUCACCCACCCUGGGAAAAAAAAAUAGUCAUGCUUCUUUCUUUAUUGUUUCUUUCUCUCUCUCUCUCUCUCUCUCUCUCUCUCUCAUAUCCCCAUCCCUCUAAAUACUUUACGGACAUUGUUUUUCUUCUUCCCUGAGGGAAACUUGGACCAUUCAGAUUUUAUGUUGGUUUUUUGUUGUGAAGUGCUUCGCUAUAGUAACUGCCUUAGCAACUGUAGACGUCUCGGAUUAAAGUCCUGGAUUUUCCAUUGGUUUUCAUAAUGGGUGUUUAUAUGAAACUACUAAAGACUUUUUAAAUGGCUUGAUGUAGCAGUCAUAGCAAGUUUGUAAAUAGCAUCUAUGUUACACUCUCCUAGAGUAUAAAAUGUGAAUGUUUUUGUAGCUAAAUUGUAAUUGGAAACUGGCUCAUUCCAGUUUAUUGAUUUCACAAUAGGGGUUAAAUUGGCAAACAUUCAUAUUUUUACUUCAUUUUUAAAAAAAAAAAAAAAACAACUGACUAAUAGUUCUAUAUUUUCAAAAUAUUUGAGAAAAAUAUUCCCAAAUGAUUUUAAUUUAAAAACCAAUUGGCUUUGUCUCAUUGAUCAGACAAAAAAAAAAUAUAUUGGGGAAAGCGCAAACACAUUUAUUUUGUACUGCAGAAAAAAAAUUGCUUUUUUUGUAUCACUUUUUGUGUAAUGGUUAGUAAAUGUCAUUUAAGUCCUUUUAUGUAUAAAACUGCCAAAUGCUUACCUGGUAUUUUAUUAGAUGCAGAAACAGAUUGGAAACAGCUAAAUUAUAACCUUUACAUAUGGCUCUGUAUUAUUGUUUCUUCAUACUGUGUCUGUAUUUAAUCUUUUUUUAUGGAACCUGUUGCGCCUAUUUAUGAAAUAAUAAAUAUAGGUGUUUGUAAGUAAAUUUGUUAGCAUUUUAAAGAGGUUUCUUUGAUGUUUUAACUUUUGCUGGCAAAAAAAAAAUAUUCGCACCUGGUGUGAAUACUUUAUUAUUUAGUUUUUACAGUGACAUGAAUAAAGCCAAACCUGCUUUUCAUUUAGCAGAAAAUGAAAGUAACCAAUCCUUAUUUCUGCAUUUCUUUAGUUGGUGCAAAAGCAAAAAAAAAAAAAAAAAAGAAAAAAAAGAAAAAAGAAGAAAAAAGAAAAAAAGAGAUCCUAUUUAAGAACUUCCCUUCUUAAUCCAAUGAAACAGGGAACUACCCUAAAAGACACACGAACCACAAGACUAAACAAACAAAAGGGUCCUCCAUCCAAAAAGGGUUACUUCUUGGUUCUCAGUCCAGUUUUAGUUACUAAAGAAAACUUUAAAAUAAAAGAAAAGCAAAAUAGAGAAAACCAGCCUGAACUGACCAAAAUGCCUCCUCCAGUUACAUUUAAUGGACAUUCAGAAAGCUUAUGAGAAUGAAUGAAUUAGGGUUGGGGUAGGGAUGGGAGUGGGGUGGGGGAUAAAGGGUGUGGAAAGAAGGAAGUUAAGGGAAACAUAGCCGUCUAAAAUGCCUCCAAAAAUGAAAACUGAGUGGCCAAGGCAGCAGGGAGAAAGAAAAAGAAACUCAGAAGCAAAAGUCAGUCAUAAAGAAUGAGGUUCUUGUUGUCCUUUGUGACUACUACAUGCCUCUUCACUCUCCAAAAGCCCUAUGUUUGUCAGAGGAAUUCCGUGGGUGCAAGAGACCUGCAGGAGAACAGAGGACUACUGGAAUCUAGCUGGACAUAUGCACGGCUUUUAGAUCAAAGAGCUCUAGCAAACCAGACCCUUAUGGAAGAUUGUAUCCAGGAAGCUAGUCUAGUUGGCAAUUAAGGGAAUGGCUGAUGUCUCUUUCAUGCAGUGUGUGAAAUAAACUUAGCAAUUUAACUAAAUACAAAUAUAUGCAUUGUGUAAUCCAGUCAGAAUAAAAAAGACAAAAGGUAUGCUUGCUUUGGAAUGAUUUUAGGCAUUGUACAACCUUGAAUCACUUGAGCAUGUAAUAACUAAUAAAUAAUGCAGAUCCAAUGUGAUUAUUAAAAUGACUGUAGCUGAGAGCUCUAAUUUUCCUGUCUUGAAACUGUAUAAGAACUCAUGUGAUUGAGUUCACAGCUUGUUUGUCUGUUUAGCAUUUUAGAAAUAUACCAGCACUACUAAUUACCUAAUGUCUUUUAUUUAUUAUAUUAUGAUAAAGUAAAAUUUUGAGUCGCAUUAAUUCUAAAAUGAGAAGGUAAUUACUAGAGUGAGAACAACCCGAUUUGACUUUGACAGGCAGUUUGUACAGGAAAGUACUAUGUUGUUUACGGCCUUUCUAGAGCAGGUGUACAACCAGGGUAGGAAGAGUGUUGAAAUUCAAUACCAAAUACAGUAAAAACAUAAAUGUAAAUAAAAGAAAAUACAUCAUGAAUAAAAAUGCUUAUCAUGUGUGACCGGAUUCUAUUUGAUUAUCCAUUGGUCUCUGAAAGAAAAAUCACGUAAUUCCAAAAGGAUAUCUUGGCAAAAUUGAUCAGGCAGAAAAAGAAAAAUGCCCAACCCUGAUUCUUCCUACCCAUUCCUGCCUACCUCCAAGAUCCUCAUACCCAAAACACUUAGAGAAAGUGCCUUUAUCAGGAUGAGACAUUUUUUUUGAGGAAGAGUUAUUUAUAGAUGGAUCUCACCAUUCUAGAGUCAUGUCUGUUCAUAGAAAAGAGCCCAUUGGUUCAGAUAAAAUGACUCACUCCAUGUGGACUGAUAACUUUGAGAAGUAAUGACAAAAUAGAGAUAAAAGUGAGGGUCCUAGCUAUUCUCCUAAAGAAAUAUCUCCAGCAAAUUCAGUCAUAAUCAUGAACGAGGCACUUCAUCAGCACAUAGACAUAGAAAGCAUAGACUAAAAGUGCCAACAAUUAAAAGGAAGGGGAAUAAUAAUGAUGGGGAAUAUGGGAAGUGGGGUGUAGUAGUGGGCAAGUUGAGCAUGUCAAUGUUCCUCCAAAUGUUAAGUCAGAGCAAGAGUCAACAAUGGAAAGUUAGUCAAAUAAUGAUUUCCAAAGUGACCAAAUUAGUUAACAUUAUUUAAGAAUAAAAGUUGUUCUCUGGGAUUGUUUUCAUCUUGAUGCAUUAAAGAGAUAGAGAAUAGCCUAAUGAGGGAUGGAUAGUCAAUAAGAAAUUAUGGCCAAAAAGAUCCACAGUUCAUAAAGAAGAAGUAGAAGAAAAACUUCCUAAAGGCAAAUUUAAGAAUUGAUGCAUUAGUGACCAGAUUCCUAUUCCCUUAGAUCUCUUGGGAUAGCUGUUGAACCCUUUGGAAGGUGCUCAUGGGAAACAGAGACAAUCAGUUUGACUCCAACAUUAGAAGAAAUCUCAAGUUAAAUUUCCUGAGUGCUCUAUGAAGUCCUAGAAGAAAUUCCCAAGGAGGCAAUGAGAAAGUGCAUGUGCUAGCAACUUAUAAUUUAUUUUUAUUAUUAUUUAAAGCAAGUCUCAGAAGUCACAGUGCAUUAAAUUGACCACCUUUUAAAUGACCUUUUAAAUUUAAAAUAAAUUUUAAAUGACCGCCCCCUGUUAUGUUUUGGGGUGUUGAUUAUAUUUUCCACUUCCAACUCCAUUCUAAUAAAUUUGCAAAGGAUUGUCCCUGUUUAUUUGUUACAGUAGAAUUUGGGAUUGUCCAAUGUUAAUAGAAACAAGUAGGUCAUCAGCCAAGAUUUGGAAAUUGUUUUACAGUUAUGGCCACAGUUCUGGUCUUUUUCUGUACUCCCCUUCUUAUUUCUCAAAAAAAAAACCCUCUUUUAAACUAGUCUUCUUAUACUCUUUUUAAAUAUAGAAAAGUGAAGCGCAUCUGGAUGCAGCUAUUUGUUAAGGUUUAAAAACAGAUAUAGACAGCACCAGGGACAAAACUUUUUUCCUCACAAGCUCCAUUUAUCAUUUUCAUUGAAAUACACUAUCUCUGAAUGACCACCUCUGGCAUUCCUUGCUAAGCAAUAAGACCUUCCUAAUAUGGCAUAUUUGUCUCCUUAUAUUGCUUCAUGUCUAGCACAAUAUCCUGUGCUUAAGAAGGAAUUCAGUAAAUAUCUGUGGCUGGGUAGACUUCUGUAAACAUUUUAUUAUUCAAUAUUUAUUCAAUACCUAUUUUUGAGUCUCUGCAAGGAAAAGUAACAAACCAAUUACAAAGACACAUAGACAAAGUCCUCAUUUAUAGACACUUCAAAUAAAGAAGUUUGGUUCUAUGGUGGGUCCAUGAUUUCGUUCUUGUUGCGAUAUUGAGAAUGAGGGAAGUAAGCCUUGAGAAAAAGCUUUCCUACUAUGCUUUUGUCAUGUGCUAUCUUUAUACAUAUAUUCCCAUGGAUCCACCACAAGAGAGUCUGUUGAAUAUCUGAAAGUCUUCUUGUUCUAUUAGUUUUGAAAGGUGCUUCCAGAAGAAGGGUUAUACACUUAACUAGAAGUCAUUGUAGAUUAAAGAAAAAAAUGAGACCCUUGUGCCCUAAAGCCCAAAAUUGUGGGAAUCAUCAUAGAAUAGUAGGAUUUAGUGCUUGAAGAGACUUCAGAGAAAGUAAGUGGUUCAAUGCAGAGGAGUACAGAGAGAAAAUUUCAAAGUAAUUAAGGCCUUGUUUCCUCAGGCUAUAUUAUUGAAAAUGUCAGGAAUUUUGCUAGUGGUGGCAAGAGCAAAAACAUCUCUCACAUCAGUAGAACAGAAGGAAUACAGAAAAGAAAAAGAUCCUAGUCAACCAGAAGUGUUAGGUACUGGAGAUAAAGUUUAGGGGACAAAACAGAAAAUCCUAUGGCAGAAAACAAGUCAAAGGCACUAAAUACAAUUCAACCAAUACUAUUGUGCAUAACAUAUUGUACUAGGCACCAAUAGAACUACAGAAAUGAACAAAUCUAAUCCUGCUCUUGGAGAAUUUACAUUCUAACAGGAAAAAUAUUUUAUAUACACACACAUAGCUACAAUUCUAAAUUAAAUUUGAGAAAAGGUGCACAUGUGAGAAGUGCAAAGUGCUUUAAAAGUCAGGAACAUACUAAUUAGAGUCCUUUGUAAUACAAAGAUAAAUUUUAGUAAGAUAUCCUACAAAGACUAGGCUAAUGCCAUGCCAGGGAUGGGGAAAAAAUGCUUUGCUUUUAGAGAUGCUCACAAGACAGGCCUAUCUAAGACAGUGGACUGGAUCUGUGAUUUCACAGGUAUACAGCAACCUCCCAGAUAAAGAAACUCCUUCUACCAAUGGAUGCUGGCAUCUUUUCUCUCAUUCAUAGUCUUAGAACACUGGCAGGGGCACCAAGAAGUUAAAUGUCUUGCUCAAAGUCAUACAGUCAGCAUAUGUCAGAAGUGUGACUUGAACGCAGCUCUCUCACAUUAAAAAAUUGACUAGCUAUCCACUACAUCACACUAACUUUCAAUUCUCAGCACCAGAAAGAUACUAAUACUCCUCAGUCAGGAACAUUGUGGGAAGAAAGGAAUUGAGUUGGUCCUGGCAUCACUGAAUCCUGAGAAGCUUUUCAGGCUUGGGUACCUCUUCAAGGGCACAGAGUCAGUGGCUCCUUGGACAGAUGCUAUGAAAUGUGCCAUAUCAUCUUUUACACAGCCAAGCAUUUCAUCAUCACAUAUUCCAAGCCAAAUUAAAUUGUAGGUAAGAUUAAGUUCUUAUUCUACUGACUUGGAGACAACUGAGAACAAUGACUUGUUAGAUUUCAACAUCUGUCAUAGCUACUGCCUAAUUAAAGAAACCUACUAGCAAAUGUAAGCCAGCAUGGAGCCUACAACUGUCAUUAUUUCACAUUUUAUUAACAGCUUGCUAGCAUAGACAUUUUAAAGUAAAAUUUCAUUCACACUGGUAUCAGAAGCCAGCCAAAAAGAAAAGUGACUAGAAAAAUAAAAUGGAAAAACUAGCAAACCUAAAGAGGAAAAAAGCCUCAGUGCUCAAGAAAGGCUACAGCAAAACUACAGUAUUUUAAAGAUUGGGGCAUCACCAUUUGACAAUUGUGUGUUUACAAUAAGCCUGAGCAUAAUUGCACUGAUGGGCUGUCAGGGAAAAGAUUAAUUUGGCAAAGAUUAGUAUUGACUUGCUGUUUAUUAAGGCUUUUAAACAGCUGUAUCUGGCAACAUUCCUGUAAGUGCCUGUCAUAUCUGAAAAUCAGGCUCACACCCUGGUGCUUGCCAGCUGUUACUAAACAAUCUUAUACCACUUUGAAUGUCUUUCUCCGGGCCAAACAGCAAUGGCAAAGUAUUGCCAAAUGAGUCUUUUUCUCCUCCUGUCACUUUUCUUUGGGGCGUGUAGAGGGUGAGAGGAGAAUGGGUUCUGAAAACUGAAAUGUCAGCUUAUGGUUGAUGGCUUAGCUGAUAACAGAUCCCGGAAGCCAGAAGGUGGUUAGGUGAACAUGUCCCACAUAUAGAGAUUGGUAUUUCUGUUAGUCACCUCACCGAGACAAAGAAGCCACAGUUUGCAACUGUUGCUGGCAGGUUUUGAAAACGGUUAAAAAUGGUGAUCAAAGAUGUGAGAGUCGUCCAAAGUCCAAAAUUAAUGUUUCAUUUCCUCAGGCCAUAUAAAUGCUUUUAUGUGCCAUAGUGUUGAAUAAAGACUAUAUAGUUGAAAGUUGGACCAAAAUACAGGAGUGAGCCAUUCAUCUUUAUAAAGUGGACUGACUUUUUAUCUAGAGAUCCUUUGGAGUGAAGACCCAGUAGAAAAAGAGGGUAGAACUCAGAUUCACUGCAGAUCUGGAGAAUGGAAGCUCUGUUCUAGGAUGGUUGUUUCAAGUCCAUAAAAAGGGGCAAAUAGAUUUUUGUCUCAGAAUAAGACUGAUUUCUUCAAAUCAAAACAUAAUGAUAAAAGCAAGGGAAAGAAUAACAUUCCCAUGUAAUUAAACAUCUACCUCUAAAGAAUUCUAAGUUAGCAUUAAGGUCAAAUUACCUUUUUCAAUAUGACUGCUUUUUCCCACCUUUUCAUGCAUCAUCAAACUGAGAUUACCUGAACAGAUACAAACUAUCUUAACAAAACAACAGUUAUACUGUUGAGCCAUACAGUGCUAGCAGAUUCUGGGCCAUUAGGCCAAUGAGCUUAGUGGGCAAUCCAUAAAAUAUAAUUGUUCAUUCAAAGAAGUGUUUGUGAGUUUAGAGUUCUUAUUCCUUGAAUAGACAUUGACAUUUUUUUUCAAAAGCCAAGUCAGAGUAAUCCAAAUGCCAUUAUUUAUAAGUUCAUAGUUAUUAUUAGGGUCUUUGAAACAGUACCAAAUCAAGAAAUUUCAGUAGUGCAUGGAAGCUUACUAUAUUUAUUCCUUGAUGCUUAGGGUCCAAAAGAGUUUUAUUCCCUUAAUCUUGGACAUAUUCCAGAGAUAUAGAGAGGUGACAAGUUGUCCUCAUUAACCUGAACCAAUUUUAAAAAUAAAGAGAUUCACUAUUCAGAAUAGCACCCAAGUCUCUGAUCUAGAGUCCAUUGUCAAAUUUCCUGCUUCCUAGUAAUUCCUAGUAAUGUUGAUAACUAAGUCAAAUAAUCUGUGUAAAAAUUAAGCACAUGCUUAUAAAUCAUAUCUUUUCUGUCAUAAGAAAUAUUAGACACUUCCUUAAGCAACAAACAUCAAUUAUAUCCUGUAUUGCCAUGCUCUGUGCUGAGCUCCAGAUACACAAAGGAAAAAAAAUUAUACAGUCCCUGUCC